AUGAAAAUUCUCAAUAGUUUCGGCGAAAAUAACGAUGAAAAGGUUGAUUUCCGAAAAGAGGCACGAAAUUUAUUUAAUAAACUGGCGAAACUAGAAACUGCACUUUUAAUUAUUUUUUGGGAAGAAAUUUUGGAGAGAUUUAAUGUAGUUAAUAAAAAAGUACAGAGCCCUGGUUUAGACAUUGGUGAAGGCAAUAAGUUAAUUGUGUCAUUAAAAGAGUUCGUGAAAAACAUAAGGCAACAAUCAGAUCAGAAGCUAAAGGAAUACGAAAAGAAAGCUAAAAAAUUAAGUACUAGUGUGGAAACAGACUACAGUGACAUAAAUAAGAGACGCAUUACUUCAAAAUUUUCAGAUAAAUCUACAGAUAAAGUCUCAGUAAACGGCGCAGAAAAAUUUAAAAGAGACACGCUUAACGUUGUGUUGGAUAAGAUGAUUAUGGAUUUAAAUUAUAGAAGCCAAGCCUAUGAGACCUACAGCAAAAAAUUUAAAUUUUUAAUGGAUUUGCAAGAUAGAAAUCAAGAACUCAUAGAUCUGGAAAGUGUACGUAAUAUUAUUGAUUAUUAUCCAAAUGACAUAGACGAACAUUUAGUGAAUGAGUGCAUUCAGUUAAAAUCUUACUUACUGCAGUCUAAGACAGAGUCUUACACCUCUUGCAGUGAAAUUUUUUGGCUAAUUUAUGAAAAGAAACUUGUUGAUGUUUUCCCAAACUGCUAUACCAUCUUAAAGAUUUUUUUAACGAUGCCGAUCACUAGCUGUGAAGCGGAGCGUUCUUUCUCCAGGAUGUCGUAUAUAGAAAACAAAUACAGGACAACAAUGUCGAACUAUCGACUAAAUCAUUUAUCAGUUCUUUCAAUAAAUUGCGAUUUAACAAAGGACCUACAGUGCGAUGACCAAAUAAAAGAAUUUGCAGCACAAAAAUGCAGAAAGGUUGCUUUAUAA